CCACCUGUCCCCGUAAGCGGCGCGUGUGCUACGAAAACCAACCCUCAUACCUGUCUUUUAUACUCAAUAAUGUUUGUACUACAUAGCCUAGUCGGUGGAAUGUGACCUACCUUACUAACAAAAAAAUAAUCAAUAAAACGAACGAAACACGAAAACUAAAUGGCCGCGGUAUGUGCUACAAUGCAGGCAUAUUUCACUCAGGCGUUGCUUUCCCCAACCCUAGUCGGGAGACUGGUUAAGGGCCGGAGUGGUCAACCGUCUAUAUUUAGGGCAAACUUCACCUAUAUGCUUGUGUAGUGGGCUAUGACAAACGACCGCAUACCUGAGACAAGUCCACCUUAGCGUAAAUUGUCGGCCGUGCUCGUUUGCAGUGCAGUGAAGCACGAUAGGGCUUGUGCCUGGACACUUAGCAGAGACAGGGACGAGAAGACCCGAGGAUACCUGAUUUGUGACAGGAGAAAUUGAAACGCGGUGGUGUCGGCAUACGUACAUUCAUAGUUUGGACAGGUAAAUAGCUACAACGCGAUUUACCUGGAUCUUACCUGUGACGCGAGGAUACACUGAUAGCGUCCGUCCCUCUCUAGGGCACACACAGAUGCUCGGUUUAACUUCGCCUGUCAACUAGACAGUGGACAGGCCCGCUUAAAUUGACAAUUAUGCUUCAUCUCAAGAUGGUGUCGUUGUGGAAAUUGUGUAUUAUUGUGCUAUUGUUUGAGUAUUGUUCGUGUCAGAAUGCAUGCGAGCAGCCGAAUGUUGCAGGAAUCGUUGUGGGAAGUGUUUUUGGGACUUUGGCAGUUGUAGCCCUGAUUCUAGGAGUUGUAGCGUUCUUGCUGUGGAGACGAAAUAAAGUUUUUAAAUCCGGACCAAAGAAAACGCGGAAAGUAAAUUCUAGUGGAUUAUCAGAGGAUCGAACUUCCCCCGAGCAUGACGGUCACGUUAACCCAGCGUUCAACGACAACCAAGCCGAUAUAUCAGCUGCUGAGGCGGGAUUCGCCGGCUAUGUCCAGUGCGGGGAGUACGUCCCAAACACCGAUAGAAAGAAGUCUCCAGUCUCCAAAGAUGACAAACGAAAAACAUGGACGUCCCUACCCCAGUCUGAUCUCCCCGAGAUUCUCCAGCGCCAUGGGUCCUGUGGCUCUCUGGAUGACAAUUACCUCAAUAGCAUGAGUAAGCAGUUAAAAAAUACACAAAGCCCUGUUUCAGGAAACGACCCGGAGGUGAUCAGUGUGUGGCUUCAGAGUCAGGACUUCAUCGGCCUCGGCUUCAACAUCUCCGGUAACAUGCGUGAUGGCAUCUUCGUCAGCCACGUCCACAACAGAGGGCCAGCGAUAGAGUCAGGCAAGGUCAAAGUUGGGGACCGUAUCAAGAGUGUCACGAUCUCAUUUGACAGCAUGGUCUAUGAAGAUGCUCUGACUAUCCUGAGCUAUGCAUCCCCAUACCCGGUCAAGGUCACUCUUCAGAAGGAGAAGGCAACGGUCAAUGACCGCCGCCUGUCCGAUUCCAACGAGAACUUGAGUCACCCCCUCUAUCGAAGUCAAUCUCUUGAUGCUCUUCAACGCAUUGGCAAAGAACCACUUUUCAAACCCAAACGAACAUUGAGUGAGAUGAAACCGGAAACCAGAAAAGAUUCUGCAAGAGCAAAGAAGCUUCAAGAACUUCAGAGUGAGGCUCUGAAUGAGGGCGCAAAUGGUCAGUCGCCAGAUAACAAACCUAGGCAGGAGAGGGUAGUGGACUUCACAACACCGAAUGGUCAUAUGAACACAACACUGUCAGAUGUUACAGUCCACACAGAAGCUGAAGGUCAGAAGAGGUCAGGGCUGGACUUCCCGGAUAUUGGGAUCCCAAACUUUGAUUUUACACAAGAAAAAGAAGAACCUGUUUUUGCUGAGCAGUCAGCCAAAUCAGAAUCAUCUGUGCAACGUUCUGUUGGUGAGCGGAACAUCAACAGUUCUGCUGCUCUGGAAUUUGCCAGUCUCAUGGAUCAGAUGCUUGACCUGAAGGAUCCCGAGGCAACUGGAACAGAGGCGGUCGGUAAUGGGAAGAUCCCCGAGGUGUCAGCCGAAGUGUCAACAGAGCUGAACACCACACCGAAAACUCCCACAAAGCCUCAGCGCAGGAAGCGCCCGUCCAGCAGCACCAGCCCUAACAGUACCAUGUCAUCUGAUUCCCUCAUCCAACCAGAGUUCUCCUUUGAUGUCAAGUCUCCUGUGAAGAUGGAGAAUGUUGUCCUGGAGGACAUCAUAGUGUCCUCAGCCGUCAAGAGUGUUGAGAGCGCCCCGAGAACCUGGGACGACAGAGAGGAGGUCACGGAAGAUGAAAUUGUGCGAGAAACUGCAAAGAGGGAGAUUCAUAUUGGUAGUGACAAUAUUGAGUUUACCGCAAAGGAAAUGGAGGACUCUAGUCCACAAAGACCUCCAUCUCCUGUAGAUGACUUUGGGACACUUGGUCUGAGCAUGAGAACAGCUCGACCUAAGUCUCCAGAGGGAGACCCAGUGGUUGAAGACUUUAUCGAGGCUUCUGUAGCUAAAAGAGAUGCUUCAGCUCCCCCACCAAGAAUCAUUCAUGAAGAAAUUGUGGCUGCAGAGUCUUCAGCAAAUUUUUCAGCUCCCAAAUCGGAUGUGUCUGUGGAUAAGAAGAAUAAAGAUAAUCAAAAGAAACCUCCAGAGCUAGACGAGCAAAUGCUGGAGCAAAUUAUUUCCAUGAAUGCCCAGCCUCCCGGAACAUCAGCUCUCAACUGGAGGAAUGAUAAUGACAUUCAGCCUUUUGAAAUUCCUGAAAAGCAUCGCCCUACCUCACCCAAGGGAAUAGCAUAUGAAAUAAGAGAUGAUAUUAUGACCGGUUUGCCCAGAGCUGUCGAUCUUAACAAAAGCAAUAUAGCCAGAACUAUGUCUUAUGACCUAAGACUUUCUGAUAAGAGAGACGAUAAGGGAUCUUUGCUCAGGGAUAAUCAAAACAGUACCUCAAGUGAAAGAAUAGAAUCAUUGGACUGGUCGGGUAAGAGACUUGUGCGCUCUGGCUCAUUUACCGACAUUCCCCACAAUGCCUCUGCAAGUGACUGGACGGGACAGAACGUGCCCAGUGAGGGAUACAUUAGUAUCAAAUCGGAUGUCAUAGGAUCCGACUCAGAUUCAGACUCAGUCAAGGUGAUAAAGAAAGCCACAGAUAGGUUUGCACCUCGGGAGAAUCUGGCCAAUUUGUCGGACAUGUCUGAUGCCCUGUCUCCUGUGACCAGCAGGAGUGCUUCUCCACCAGAAACAGCCAAUGGGCAGAGUCUUCAGUUUAGUUCCACAGAACGAACAGUGUUAAAGAACAACAAUAUUGAUGGUCUGCCAUCUUUGGAGAAAAAUUUCGGAAGUAGUAUAUCGUCAGACAAGAAGGGGAGUUACAGCAUAAAACUGUCCAUGGAGGCCAACGAGGAUGAGGAUGUCGAGUGUUGAAGCCAGGAGAGUGGACCUCUGUGUAGACAGAUUCAGUAAGCCAAAGAUACCCAGUGGCCAUUAAAGGGUGUGUUGUGCUCAGGGUAUGGCAUUCAAUAGAAUAUGUUGGUGAGAUGAAUCAAUAACAGAAUGAUACCCAGGGCUGUGCAUGCAGUGUGUAGUCCUAUGGUAUGCAGUGAGGUGGAAUCAGGUAUUGGAGGACUACAUUGCCAGAUUUGGCUUCUGUCAAUUUCAGGAUUCCAGGGGUGGAAAUAUAUACAACUUCAAGACCUCUAGCAGUAUGUGAUGUUGAAUAGGCUGAGAAUGGCUGGCUGGUUGGAAUCAGAUGGUAUCACUGCUAAGGUGGAGUCAUUACAUUGUUGCAAGGCUCAGUGGAUGUACAUGCAUAAAAGCCCUUUAAAAACAGGCCUGACUUAUGUGAUACUGUCAUGGCUACCCUGCAAAGGAGAUGAUAGGCUGCAGGGUUGAUGUUACAUGCAGUGAAGGGUUCGUGUCACAUGUAGUGACAUGCAGUGACCCAACCUAGGCCAAUAGCAGGAGAUGGCUCAAGCUUAUUCUGGAAUGAGAUGACCCAGGCUAGCUCAUUUACAGGAGAUGGCCCAAGCCUAUGGGUCAUUAGACCCACUAGAUGGCUUAUAGAAGCAGAUGGCCCCAACUGUGUCACUAAUAAGAUGAUGGGUGACCUGAAGAACUGAUCAUGAUGAUGUCUUUCCACAUGGCAAUAAUUAUGGGAUCCAAUUCACUGUAAGAUUGUAAGGUUUAACUUCACCCGCUUUGAUAAACUGUUUUGGUUUGUGAAAAUCAUUAGGAAAUUGUUUUUGAGAUUGAUUGUUGUGUGAUUGUAUAUGUGAUUAUUUGUUGUUUAUCUGUGUGAAUGUUGUGAGAUUGUUUGUGUGAAUGUUGUGAGACUGUCUGUGUGAAUGUUAUAAGAUUGUCUUUGUGAAUGUUGUGAGAUUGUCUGUGUGAAUGUUGUGAGAUUGUCUGUGUGAAUGGUGUGAGAUUGUCUGUGUGAAUGGUGUGAGAUUGUCUGUGGGAAUGGUGUGAGAUUGUCUGUGGGAAUGGUGUGAGAUUGUCUGUGAAAAUGGCAUGUGAUUGUCUGUGGGAAUGUUGUGAGAAUCUUCAUGAACAUGUUCCAAGGUAACCAUGGCAACAAGAAUCUAGUAAUUCUUUGAAAUUAAACCAACAUAAUGACGUCACGUUGUUGCAGUUGAUUUGAAGCAGGAAUUCACUGGCCAUUCUGAAUGUGCAUCUUAACAAGUAAAACUGACACAAUUAUAGGUCAUUAUGCAAAAUUAUAGAUCAACCAUAACAUCCUUGAAGUUGCAGAAAUCACUUGAAUCUGUUGACUCAAGAAGUAUACUCAACAGAUUCUCAUGAUGUCUCCAUUAUGCAGUUCCAAUGCACUGAGUGUCCAGUCCAAGGGGCGUUCAUUCAAUAACCAGUAAUCUUUAUCAGUCACACAUGGACAAUGUACGAUGUAGGGUUGGGACGAGUCCAAAUUUACUACCCGGGUACCCACCCCCCUAUUACCCGACCCUACCUGGGUACCCACUCUAGGUCUCAAGAGAUGGGUACAAAAUGUCUGAUUGGGAUUCUUUUUGCCAUAGCCCAGGCAAAAUGUAUUUAGAUACAUGUAUUAAACAAUCUGGUCAUGCAAACACUGAAGUUGACUCAAGUUAUAUCUUUAUUCAACCAUAUGAAAAGUCAGAAAUAAUGGGUGCAUAGUCAGAAAGAAAUGCGAACAUUAGUGACUUGUGGUGUAACCAUAGAGUUCUAGAUAAUUUUUGUCAUUAAACAAUAUAUCACAUUACUAACAACAGGUCCGGGUAGUAUUGUGGGUACCCGGGUCCUACUCAGUACCCACCUGACCCGGGGACCCGAGUUACCCGUACCAGCCCUAGUACUAUGAUAAUUUAUAUUUGUAAUCCACUGAGAGAUGGCCAGUAGUAUCUCAUGUUCCAGAGCACUGGGUAUGGUGCACUAUAAAGCAAUAUGGCAAUGAGAUUACCUUCCAUAUCUAUAUUCAAUACUCAGCUAGUUGAUUGUUAUUGGGGGGAACAGAUCGAGUUAUUAUUAUAUGUAAAAAGAUCAUGAAAUGUUUUCAUGGAUUUGAUAUCAUGGAAUUCAGCUGUUAAUUUUCAUGUAUUGGUCCGAAAUGAGAUGUGAUUUUUGGUGUGACCACUGUUUGCCUAUGUGGACAUGGCUGUGGUCAAGAAAGGAUAUUUUAUGUGCGCUUCAAUGAGAAGACCACCUUUUGAAGAACUGAUUUGACGAGAGGUGUGAGGAUGUGUUUUGUUGAUAUAAUAGUUUGUUUGUUAUAUAUUUGAUAUAUUAUCUAUUUAUAUCCAGACUGAGGUUUAUUCAUGAGAAUAAGAAAGUGAUGUACAGGAUAAUUUUGCAAAAUUUAUUAUGUGUAUGAAACACAUUUGUUUUAUUUAAAAGCUGGUUUAAAGGUAUUGAAUUUAAACAUGCCAAUACUUAAACUCUCAUGUAAUAAUUUCGAUAAAUAUUAUGCAAAUAUGUAUUUGUAAAUAAUCCAUUUAUUUUCCUUUGGAUCUAGUAUAUAAGUGUGCAAUAAUCGAGUUAAUAUGCAACUGAUUAAUACUAAAUAUGCAACGUAGUCAGUAAAUGUUUUUUAGGCUUGACUUUUUUAUUUUUGGUUUACAGAUUCUAUUUGACAAAAAUCUUGUUGGUAGGUGGGAACAAAAACAAAAUUAACAAUUCUUUUCAGAUUAUUGCAAUCUCAUUAAAAUCAGAUCUUAGUGCUCACUAACGCUUGUUUAGUAGUAGUGAGAACUAAGAUCUGAUUUAAAUAUGAUUGAGAUUAUUGUUUUAUCCUUUAAAGUUCAACCUAUCAUAUGCACAUCUUUCAUCAUGAACAAGGGAGUUUGCAUUUGUAAUUUUUUACAAAGUGUUUGUCUGAUAUAUUUUUUUCCAAUUUUAUUUUUAUACAGUAAAUCCGUAAACCAAUUUAAAAAUAAAGUCUUGCCUUAAAAGAAAUAAAUUUUUAACUCUAUUACGGUACAAUUGGGUUGGGUUCACGUCAAUCGUGUUUACGGUUAGGAGGUGUUUUGGAGGGCAUGAUGACUUUUUACCUCAGUUGAUGUUUUUCAAUUAAUAUGGAAAAGGCAGCAUUUUGUUAAUUACAAUGUUUGUUACUAUAGAAACAAUAUAGUUUUGUUGUUCACAAUGCAUGAAGUCAUCAAUAUAAGAAGAAUUUCUACUUCAAUGUUAAAUUGGUAUGCGCUAUAAAGUUAUACAAGCUUCUGAAUUUUUAGAGAAAUAUUUACUGAAAUUGUAAUUUCAAAAUCGUUCAUGAUGUAUAGUUUUCCAUAGAAGGAUCUAAACAUCAGUUUGUAUUGGAUCAACAUCAACUGUAAAAAUAUUUAAUGUACAUAUUUUCUACAUAUUUUGGCUUCUGUUGUUGCAUAACCAAAUUAUAUAGACACAAGUUGUCAGACAAAUAUAUUCUCAAACAUGCAUAUAUAUCAUGUAUGUAUAUAUAUGUUAUUAUUUUUAUCAAAGAUAUAUACUGUAUUCUGUACAUAGACAUAAGAGCAGUAAAUAUGAGAACAAGGGCAACAUGGAUUAUUAAAUGCGGAAAGAAUGUAGUAUCAUGGACAAUAGCUUAUUUCUCCAACUUUUUGUUAUUGUUUUGAAUAAUUUCAAAUAUACAACAAAAAGAAAUGAAACGUCAAAAGAAUAUCAAUCAUAAGAGCAAACCAUUAGAGCAUUCAUAUUUCUUUUAAAAGUUUAUUAUCAACAUUGAUAUGAAAAUUAUGUUAGAUGUUUAUAACAGAUUUGUUUCUUUAAUGUUAUUUUACCAGAUGUUAUGGUCCUUUUCUGGUAAGCUAUGAAUACAAAACAUAAUAUUUUAGUCCAAGAUACUACUUCAUACAACUACUUAAACAGUGAUGCCUGAUAUAUCCCUGUAGAAAUAGAUGAUAUACAUGAUACACAUGUAAUAAUACCAGUAUAUUUAAGGUAUUCAUCAUAAUCAUGGUCACGUAUCACCGUUAUACCUAUAGCCAAUGACACAUCAUUCAUGCUUCAUUGAGUUGUGAUAUGUUUUAUGGAGAGUAUCAUUUACCUCAUUUUCUGUUUAUGUGUAUGUUUUCAUAAUCUGUUUACAGCCUUACACCUCUGUAUGUCAUUAGCUGCUUUUCUGUAUGUUAGAUCUGAUUUGAAAAACAAAUCUAAACAUAUGAACACAUAUUUGAGACUAUUUUGUUUGUAACUUCAAUAUUUUCGGCACAGAUAUACAACAACCCUUUGUUGUACAUGGACAUAGAUUGACCUAACAUGUGUAGUGAGUGAGUGGGGUUUAACGCUGCUUUUAACAUUCCAGUUAUAUCACGGCGUGGGAGGAAAACCCUCAGUGAUGCAGGUCUCACACGUUUACCACUUCGGUGAAACCCGAACGGGUA